AUGCUCAGGGAGGAAGAGGAAGAGUCGAUGCUAGAGGACGCAGAGGACGUUGGGGUCAAGGAGUCCGUCGAGGAGGAGAAUGAAGAGGACGAGUACGCCAAGAGCAGGUCAAAGGAGAAGAACGUCGAGGAUUCUGGCAAACAGCGCAUACGACAUCUUAUGGACGAACUGGUCGGACUGUCGAUCCAACUCAAGAGUAUCAACGCUCAGAUCAACGAGCUCUAA